ACAACUUCCUGUUAGCAACCAGACACGUUAGGCCGUUUCCAUGGGCCACUUGUUUUCUGAAACGUUGAUCGUAACUACAGUGACAUAUAUUAGCGUAAUGUAGCUGUAAAUAUUGAUUACAUUUUUGGUAACUACCUAGGUAUUUUAGAGCUGUAGAUAAAUCAUAAUUCCUAACGUUACACGUUUAAGAGAAACCGCAUUGGUAACGGUAACAUUAACUUACAAUUGCUGAGUAUAGAAAAUAUAUGAUAUGCUAUCGCUAGCUAGCUUGCUGUCAUGGGCAACUAAAAGACGAUAAUCUGGUGUUAAUGACUCCGUUGUUUUUUACAUUAACAUAGCUACAUUAACGUCACAGUUUAUAUUCCAAACAAAAAUGAGUGAACAACUGAAAUUCAUCGUUGAACAGCUCAACAGGGAGCCCUUCAAGAAAAGUUUCAACUUGAUCACGUUUGAUUCCCAGGAGCCGAUGCAACUGUUGCAAAUUCUUAACGAUGUCUUGGCAGACAUUGACCCCAAGCACGCUAUUGACAUCCGUGAGGAGUUGCCCGAGCAGACAGCCAAGAGGAUGUUCACCUUACUGGGGAUGCUCAAGUACAAACCACCGGGGAGCCUUUCUGAAGCGAGCAGCUUCCGCCAGGGCCUGGUGAUGGGCAGUAAGCCGGUGGUCCACCACAUCCUGUUCUGGCUGCUGCAGAAGCUGACGGAGCUGAAGAAGAGGGCCUACCUGGCACGCUUCCUGGUCAAGCUGGAGGUGCCCGCUGAGUUCCUGCAGGACGACAUCAUCGCCGACACCCAUCACCAGUAUGGGGAGCUGGUGGAGGGGUUUAAGACGUACCACAAGGAGUGUGAGCAGCUCAAGAGCUCUGGCUUCUCCACUGCAGAGAUCCGACGGGACAUCGCGGCUAUGGAGGAGGAGAAGGAGCAGCUGAUCAAACGAGUGGAGAGAGUGAAGAAGCGUGUGGAGACAGUGUCCAGCCACCAGCGCAUGCUGGAGCUGACCAGACAGCUGCGGGUGGAGAAGGAGAGGGAGGAAGCCCUGGGCCAUCAGAAACAGGAGCAGAAGAACCAGCUCUUUCAGGCUGAGCAGAGGUUGCAGAGAGCACAGAUGCAGCUGAAGGACCUGCGUCAGGCAGCAGCAGAUGCCAAGCCCGAGAGUGUGAUGAAGAGACUGGAGGAGGAGACCAAGUUCAACAGCUACAUGGUGACGGAUAAGCUGCCCAAGGAGCUGCAGAGCAAGCGUGCGGGGGUGCAGUACCUGCAGAAGGUGGCCUCAGAGCCAGCCAUGGGCCAGGCCGAGCUCGCCGAGCUGGAGGACAAGAUCCGGGAGACUAACACUCAUAUCAACCAGCUGAUCGAGAAGCGAAUGAUGCGUAACGACCCCAUGGAUGACAAGCUCUCUCUGUUCAGACAGCAGGCCUCCAUCAUAUCGCGUAAGAAGGAGUCGAGGGCGGAGGAGUUGCAGGAGGCGCGUGAGGAGCUGAGCACUCUGGAGAGGGAGCUCAACAUGAAGAGCAGCCAGGCCCGCGACCAGGACGGAGCACAGCUCAUCAGGGGAGAUGAGUUCAAGCGCUACGUGGCCAAAAUGCGGAGCAAGAACGUGGGCUACAAGAAGAAGCGGCAGGACAUCGACAUCCUGAAGGCCGAGUACGGCGUCCUCCAGAGGAGUGAGGAGAUCCUCAAACAGAGGCAUGAAGCUGGCCUGCAGCAACUGCAGUCUGUGGAGGCGCAGAAGGGCAUCUCAGGCUACAGCGACACUCAGGAGGAGCUGGAGAGGGUCUCCGCCAUCAAGAGUGAGCUGGACGAGAUGAAGGGCCGCACGCUCGACGACAUGUCUGGAAUGGUGAAGAAGCUGAACGGUGUGAUAGUUGAGAAGAAGUCGGCCCUUGCUCCCCUCAUUAAAGAGCUGAGACCUCUGCGACAGGAGUGCCAGGAACUGACUCAAGAAUACGAUGAGAAGAAAGGCCAGUAUGACACCUGUUCUGCAGGUCUGGAGAGCAACAGGUCCAAACUUGAACAGGAGGUCAGAGGUUUACGAGAGGAGGUGGACCAGGAGGAGAACCGAUACCACUACAUCAACUGCAUGAAGGAGGUGUUUGAGGUGCAGAUGCAGAGAGUUGCUGAGGAGAUGAAGGCGUAUGUCUCCUCUGAUCCUCAAGAGAGAAGGAAGACAGUCAGGGACCAGUACAUGAAGCAAAUAGCAGAGCAGGAGUCCUUGGGCAAGAAGCUUCGAGAGCAGCAGAAGGUGGUGCGUGAGAGCCACGGGCCCAACAUGAAGCAGGUGAAGAUGUGGACGGACCUGGAGCAGCUGAUGGAGUGCAAGCAGCAGUGCUUCCUGCGGGCGCAGAGCCAGGCCUCCAUCGGGCAGGUCAUCCAGGAGGGGGGCGAGGACCGUCUGGUGCUAUAAGCCCCCCCCCCCCCCCCCGACCCCCCCACCCCACCCCACACAUCAGCCCAGCACUAUUACUGGGGGGGGGGGGUACAUGAUGGCUGCCUCCUGUCGCCUGCCACAGUUAACACAGUCUCCGUUUAUUUAUCAGUUAACCCACUCCAUCCACUUUUGAUUCUGUUCUAUGAAAGCAUUUAUCAGUUUUCUCGUGUUGUUUCGUGUGUUGUACUAAGUCCCUCGCAGUGAAACGGUGUUCCGUGCCGCGCGCAAGUGCUUUUAUCACUGCUGUAGAGAGAGAUCUUCCGGUGUUCCGGUGUGGAUACGGCUGCGGUGCCGCCCGAAGCCCAGACGGGGAGAGAGGCUGUCUCGGGAGGUGUCUGCCGGAUAAGUGUGUUAACCCUCCACUGGCCUGCCGACCGACUCCAUCCCUCACACAUCUGCGGGAGCCGAGCUGUAGUCGCUGUCUCUACAGAUAACGGCAGACAAAGUGUUACACGCGCGGAGCUGCUCUGCAGGGCUAUUUUGGGAAACAACAGCGGAUGACCUUGGGAACAGGAGCUGUCCAAGUUUGGAAUUCGGCGGGACUGUAGGUUUGGGAGAGAGUGGCUGAGGUUGUAGGGCUGACCACUGUCCCUCUCUCUCUCCCACCUGAAUGAAACACUACCACCUGAAUUAAACACUACCACCUGAAUUAAACAUUACCACCUGAAUUAAUAUUCUCCCAUUUGUAUUUUAAACACAGAUCAAUAAAUAGCUCACAUGUCA